AUUUCUAACGAGCUCCCAGGUGGCGCGGGCUGCCCGGGCGCGGACCGCAAGUCCUCGGGACCCCUGGGGUCUUGGCUCUAGGCCAAUCAGCUGUCAGGACUCUUGAUAAAUCGCCCUGCUCGGCUGAUGAGCAGAAUUGCUGGGACAUGCGCGUUCCCGCUGAAGGGGGUUAAUUUCCGAACUCCGGGAAUUCGUUGUGUGAAGUAGGCCACUCCUAGGGACGCGCCGGGAGCCCCGUCCUCGCGCCAUGUCGCGGCGCAAGCAGACUAAGCCCCAGCACCUCAACUCCGAGGAGCCGCGGCCUGUGCGCGGGGAGUGCGAGGAGGUGGCCCCGCAGGUGGCUGGGGAGCCCGCUUCGGAACUUGAUAAUGAUGUUCCAAAAGCGACCUGCCUCUCCACUGAAAGCAGUGACCCUCAGAAGGCCCCUGUCCUCACUCUUGCCUCAGAGUCAAGGGAACAGACGGCCACCCUUGGAGAGAGGACAUUCAACUGUUGCUACCCAGGUUGCCACUUCAAAACUGUCCAUGGCAUGAAAGACUUGGACCGCCAUCUUAGAAUCCACACGGGAGACAAACCACACAAGUGUGAGUUCUGUGACAAGUGCUUCAGCCGGAAGGACAACCUGACCAUGCACAUGCGGUGCCACACCAGUGUGAAGCCACACAAGUGUCACCUGUGUGACUACGCUGCCGUGGACAGCAGCAGCCUUAAGAAGCACCUGCGGAUCCACUCGGACGAGCGGCCGUACAAAUGCCAGCUCUGCCCCUAUGCCAGCCGCAACUCCAGCCAGCUCACCGUCCACCUGCGAUCCCACACGGGGGAUACCCCCUUCCAGUGCUGGCUCUGUAGCGCCAAGUUCAAAAUCAGCUCGGACUUGAAAAGGCACAUGAUCGUGCACUCGGGGGAGAAGCCUUUCAAGUGCGAGUUCUGUGACGUCCGCUGCACCAUGAAGGCGAACCUCAAAUCGCACAUCCGCAUCAAGCACACCUUCAAGUGUCUGCACUGUGCCUUCCAGGGCCGGGACCGGGCUGACCUCCUGGAGCACAGCCGGCUGCACCAGGCCGACCACCCAGAGAAGUGUCCCGAGUGCAGCUACUCCUGCUCCAGCGCGGCCGCCCUGCGCGUGCACAGCAGAGUCCACUGUAAGGACCGCCCCUUCAAGUGUGACUUCUGCAGCUUCGACACGAAGCGGCCCAGCAGCCUGGCCAAGCACAUCGACAAGGUGCACAGGGACGAGGCCAAGACGGAGAACUGGGCCCCUCUGGGCAAGGAAGUGCCCAGAGAGAGCAGCUCCCAGCACAUGGCCAAGAUCCUGACGCAGAGGGCCUUUCGCUGUGAGACCUGUGGCGCCUCCUUCGUCAGGGAUGACUCUCUGAGAUGCCACAAGAAGCAGCAUAGUGAUCAGAGUGAGAACAAGAACUCAGACUUGGUCACCUUCCCACCCGAAAGCGGUGCCUCGGGGCAGCUCAGCACCCUGGUCUCUGUGGGGCAGCUCGAGGACCCCCUAGCGCCCAGCCAAGACCUCUAGCUCAGCCGAAGAGGAUCAUCAGCUGUCAGGACUUCUGACCGGUGCUGUUGCCCAGCGCUCUAAAGGCGAGGCCAGUGACGCAGGCUCUGGGCACCACUUCCAGGGCUGGCUGCUCCCACAUCACCGGCCUCCAGAGGCGACGGCUGGGCCAGCAGGGAUGAAAGCGAAGCAGUGCUUUGGAGACACUUGUCGCCUUUAUCUCUUCCUCCAAGGAUUAUUGAGCAAGUCGACUUGGUCAUUCAAACGUGGGGUCUGCUGAGCCCUGCUGUAUCCAAUGGGGAUAGCUUCUACAUCAUGGAUUCCAAAACUGAUCCAUCUCCGGUAGAAUUAUUAAACUAGUUAGAUGAUAUAGAAAAACUGAAGCUCAUCUCUAGAGUAGGAAGGGUUAAGGUGAGGAAGUUAUAUAUGAAGGGUCCGGGGUUGCUGGAAAACCUAUUUCAUAACCUGGGUGAUCGUUCUAAGAGUGUUUGCCUUACAUGUUUGUGUGGUUUCUUUUACCUGUUGUCUUACAAUAAAAAGGCAGACUCGUG